AUGUCAGGCAUUCUGAAAUCCUCCCAGUCACCCCCUACCUUGUCCCCUACUCCCCCCCUGCUUGGAUCAUGUGACUAUAGUGAGUGGAGUCCUACUUGGGCUCUCAUACCAUCCAUCUACAUGCUGGCCUUCUCUUUGGGUUCUUUGGGGAAUGGGCUGGUUCUGUGGGUCUACAUCAAAUGGCCCCACCACAGGAGGCUUUGUAUCAAGCCUGUACCAGAGGGAACAUCCCGCCACUGCAGGCAUUCUACCUCCUCCUGCUCACUCACCACUGCCCUCAUCACCAGCCUGGCAGCGGCAGACAUGGCUUUCGUGCUCACCCUGCCGCUCUGGGCCACCUACACAGCCCUGGGAUAUCACUGGCCUUUUGGGCAGCUGCUCUGCAAGCUCAGCAGCUACCUGAUGGCCCUCAACAUGUACACCAGCGUCUUCUCACUAACUGGCCUAAGCGUAGAGCGCUACUGGGUCAUCUCAAGGCGCCUCAGGGCUCAGCACAGCUGGAACCGGGUGCUUUGGAUGGUGGGUGGAGUUUGGGUAGUGGCGGGGAUCUUGGCACUGCCAGCUCUGCUGCUGCGGACGGUGAUUGAGGUGGAGGAAGAGGCAGGGCCUGGGAAUGACGGGUGGCGGCAAGGCCAGGCACCGCACCCCCUGUACUCCUGUGAGAUGGACUAUUCAAGCCUGAUUACUGCCAAGCUACCUGAAGAGAGAGAGCGCCAGGAGCUGCUGUGGGUGGCAGCCAUGGGAAUGAAGUCUACUCUGCUGGGCUUUCUGUUGCCGCUAGCUGUCCUGCUCCUCUGCUACAGCUCCCUGGGCUGCUUACUUUCCCACCAUUUUGGCAAGGGCCCACAACCCAACCACUAUCGCCAGCGACACCUUCUCCGUGUCAUUGUCACCCUGGUGUUGGCCUUUUUUCUCUGCUGGCUGCCCUUCCAUGUCAACAAGACCCUCUUUAUCCUCAUGCAGCUGGAGCUGCUGCCCUACUCCUGUACCUUCGACUGGGUCCUGGUGGUGGCUUACCCCUACGCCACCUGUCUGGCCUAUAUCAACAGCUGCCUGAACCCCCUGCUCUACGCCUGCUGCAACCCGGGAUUCCGGGACCACUGCCGGGCCCUCCUGGACAGCUGCUGUAGAAGAAGAGGAGGAGAGGAUGGGAAGAAAUGA